AUGUCUGGUGUUGGGUACACAGAGUCCCUGAAGCACCUAGCACCAACUGAAAGCAUAACUAAAGGACUGAAGGGAAAAGCUAAAAGAGCAAUUUUUCAUUCUUUGAGCUACAGUCCAGAUCUGAAGACCAUGUGUGGGCAGUUUGACAGUUGUCUCUGCUGGAUCUUCCUAUCUUUUCUCCUGGAUGCAUCUCUGGCCUUUAUUUCCAACAUUUCAACUCAAAAUCAGCAUCCAAAUGUGACUGUUGCUCAAGACCAGGAUGGCACAGGCUGGGAUUCACCAUUUCUUCAGCUGGGAGCCAGUCUCCCAUCCUUCUCACAGCCAAUCCGUCCAUACACCCUCAUCACAAAUGCUGACGACUACCACUACAUGCCCAAAGUCAGACAUCGCCGGCCUUCUCGCCUCCUGCGUCUUCUGGGAUCCUCGUUUGACCCGUUUUGGAUGUCCGUAGAUCACCCUUCUGAGUCCCCCAAAGGAAGUCAGCCCACCCUUACCGCCUUCAAAGAGAAAUUUAACCUGCGUGUGUCUCCAGAACUGAGAAAGGCUUCAGCAAAACAUCAGCAGAAACUAGAGAAGGAGGCUGCAGAACUGGACCUCAGUUCUCUGCCAUCAGAUGCUGCCAAUUCAGUCAGAGGAUGGCUGGUGCGCUCAGCAACAUGCAAAUUACAGCACCAGUGGGUCGAUCUGGGCCCAACCUUCUGGCCACGGUGGCUGCGGCAGACUGACUGUGAAGGGCCAGAUGGAGGGCAAAGUUGCUCCUUUCCCAGUGGGAUGAACUGCGUGCGAGCUCAAACAACACACAUAAAGAUUCUGGCUUGGCACUGCAUUGAAAUCAGAGAUGGAGAUGAUCGCUCCAGAAAAUUGAGAGGUGAAAACUCUGAUGGCAGUGCUCAGAUGGGGACAGGUGAAGCAAGGAAAAGAUGUUUAUGGAGACAAGUGCCUUAUCCUGUGGUGACUGCAUGCACGUGUUCAUGUAAAUGA